GAGCAGCAACGCCGUGAACAGGAGAUGCGCGUCGCCGAGGAGCAAAGACGAGCCGCAGAAGAACAAAGGCGCAUCGCAGAGGAGAACGCGCGUCGGGUCGAAGAAGAGAGGCGUCGUGCAGAUGAGGCGAGGCGACGGGCAGAAGAAGAGGCGCGUCGGGCUGAAGAGCAGAGGAAGAUUGCCGAGGAGCAGAGACGGCGAGCAGAGGAAGAGCAACGCAGAGCGGACGAGGCCAAACGGCUUGCUGAGGAGCAACGCCGACAAGCCGAAGAACAACGCCGGAGGAACGAGGAGGAGCGGGCACGAGCAGAGGAGGAGGCCAGGAUUGCCAGAAUAGCAGAGGAAGCCGCCGCUCAAGCCAGGAUCCAGGCAGAGAAAGAAGCCGCUCACGCUCGAAUGGCCCAGGAAGAGGCGGAACGCGCGCUGCAAGAGGGUAUCAAGCCCAUCAUCGUACCUACGGUGGAGGAAGUCGCCGCGACGAAGACCCGCCUUCAGUAUCAGGAGGGCUCAUUCCACUUCGCAGUCGCGGGCAUCUCAGGCAGCGGAAAGUCAUCCCUGAUCAAUGCCCUCCGCGGCCUGCGCAACAAUUCCAAGGACCCGCGAGUCGCGGCUGCAGGCGUCGUCGAAACCACCAGCGUUGUCGCACGCUACCCUGACCCGAUGAGGAACGACGUCGUCUGGUAUGAUGUUCCAGGAGCCGGAACGCUGGACUUCCCCGACUGGGUUUACUUCAACGACCAGGGUCUUUACAUUUUCGACUGCAUCCUCGUGCUGACUGACAAUCGGUUCACGGACACUGACCUCGCCAUACUGCGCAAUUGUGCGCGCUUCAAGAUCCCGGCGUUCGUCGUGCGCUCAAAGUGGCAGCAGCAUGUCGAGAACAUUUUGGACGAUCUGCAGGAUGAAGACGACGAAGACGACGACGCACGACUCAUAAGAGCGCGCAACAAGCUCGUCGCGGAGACUACCGCGAGCGUUUCGGAAAACUUGGCAAACGCCGAAUUACCACCGCAGAGGGUGUACGUCGUCGAUAAAGAGGCACUGGUGCAGGUCGUCAAUGGCGCGGAGCCGGCUCAUCUUUUUGACGAGCGUGAUCUCGUUAGAGAGCUGUUCAUGAUGGCCCACGCCGGUAGG